UUAAUUCUCGUUGUUCGUCAUUAUGAAAUGUAGUCAUGCAUGUCUGUCUUGUCUUGUUGUUGUCACCCAUUGACGCUUAUUUAGAUCAAUGACAUAAUUUUAUAAAUUUUAUUUUACAAGGUUUUUAGAAGAAUUUGUGUAUCUAAAUGAAUAAAUCAUUCUUUAAUUUCUAAUAAUGGCCUACAACCUUGAUGACAGAUUUCCCCCUCCACAAAAAUCCUACAGACUAUUAGAACCAGGAGCAUACCAAGCUGGAGACGAUCGUAAGGUACGGGCUAAUAAAGUACCAUUUCUUUCUCGCACUCCUCGAAAAACACAACCUGGUGGUCAAAUAUGGACUCAUGCUAUCUACGAUUCUGUUAUACCUGCUAAAAUACCUAAUAUCACAUCGCUGAAAUCCAAUCGUCCACGGUUUCCAUAUGAAGCAUUUAGUAAAGAAGAUUUGGAAGCACUACUUUGUCGAUGUGGAAUUCAAAGUUCUUGUGAAUGUCCAACAGGAGAAGAAAAAGAAGAACCGGAAGUAAUAUGCCAAGGAAAGGUGCGUAAACGUAUUUUCAAAGGACCUACACCUAAAUCAAUCUUAGGAGAAGGAUUAUCAAGUCCAUCCAAAAGAGAUCAUGGUUUUGAUAUACGUUCUGAUGGAUCACAAAAAAGAUUGUUAGACGAAUUGGAUGACGAAAGCCCUCCAUUUUAUGAUGCUACAGUUCACGAGUCAACUGCUUUUUAUCACGGAUGUAAAUGGAGUCAACGGACAUCAAAGCGGUCAACUCAAUCGUUUGGUAGCGGACCGGGACCAGCAGACUAUUUUUAUGUAAAGCAACCGACAGAUUUUGAAAUUUGUGCUGAAAGGUUCCGAUCAUACAGACGGCAACAUUCUAAACAACUCCGUUUUAUUGAAAUGGUUCAGCAAAGAGACCUCAACGAAGGUCGCCCAGGACCAGCUACAUAUAGCCCUAUGUUACCUCGAGGAAAUGAAAUGCAGUAUUUAGGCCCAAAAGCGAAAAGGUUUACCAUUUCCACAAUAGAACAACGUCCAGGGCCUGCAGAUCAUUGGGUCAAGCGAGCUUUUGAGCUACCAGAACCACCAAAUGUACCUUGUCAUGCUAAAUUACCAGAACCAUCAUUUUUUGGAAUUAAAGCACAAAGAUUUAAGCCGAGGCGUGAAGAGGGCCCGAGCCCUGCCACUUACAACCCUGUUUAUACUCCAUGUCAUUUUACGCAUUGUCCUACAGCUGCCUUUGGGUCUUCAUCUGUAAGGUUUAAAGAAAACCCCGUGAUAGAAGAAGAUGAAGAAGCAGUCAUCGCUGAAGAUGAACCCGAAAAAAAGGAUGAUGAAAAUGUAAACAAAGCGGUAUGUCCAUCUCCUACAUGGGAGUUUAAAUCAAAAACAAUCAGAAUGAAACCAUUAGAAAAAGCUUUAAAUGAACCAAGCCCUGCUGAUUUACCACAACAGCGAAUAAAAAUAAAUCGGUCCCGGCGAUUGCAGUAUUUUGCACCUUUCUUUUCGUCAGAAGGUCGAUUCGAGCCCUGGUAUGAUUGGAUGCCGGUUCUUGGGAGAGUGAAAACUCCUGGGCCAUGCUAUUAUUGCUUAGAAAAACCAAAAUGUUACCCUGCCGUCCCUCAUGGUCCGCUAUUUAAGUCUUGUCGAUUUCCACCAACUAAGAAUGAUAAUCCGCCUCCUAAUCAAUAUAAUGUAGGAGGUGGAAUCGAAACUAUAUUGGAUACUCAUAACCAACGUCUAAAAGAUAAUAUAGAAAAUCAACACAAAUUUAUUUGGGAACCACCUGUUGAACCUAAGCGUUUAAGUUAUGAGGAACAGGAAACAAUUUUACUAAACAAGUCAAUAGCUUUGCUAGAUACUGACAUUUUUGAUGACAAAAGUAGCAAAUCAUGUAGCAGUAAAAGUAGCCCUCGGUUUGAAGAAAAGAAAAAACCAAAAUUGCUGCGUUGUUUUUUAUAUGGUACACAAACAAGUCAUUGUUUUUAGUAUUCUUAUGUGAA